GUGCAGGUAUGUUCUUAACAACUUGAUUUGGAGUUGCAUUAGUGUUCCGAUUAAUUCUUGUGAGCUUUACAUUUUGUUUGCGCCCCUUCUUUUACAUAAUGAAACAAGAUCUGGUGAACUGCAUGGAAAAGAGCUGGGAAAAUAUAAUUCAAAUCAUAAUUGUAAUUGAUUUCAGUGGGAUUUCAGGGCCUCGUUUAAAUUGAUGCUGUAGUGGAAUCCAAAGCCCACGGAUGAGAAGAAUGUAGUCCGUACUUUGGGCUGUCCAAUCGAUGUGUGCACAAGAAAUUGUCAUCGGGGAAUCAGAAACACUCUGAAGAUUUCAUCAGAAGAAAAAGAAAACGUUUUGAGGAAAUAUAAUCAGAUACUUGGAAAUCUGUGUAUAGCUUAGCUGUACAGAACUGAAAGCCCAUCGCAAGAAAUUAGGAAGAUGAUUCAGUAAGGUUCUUCGGUCAUCCCUUCCCUUCUGGUGAAUGGAACACAAACCAAAGCACAGAUAUACACGAUUGUGCGUCGAACGGUGUGCCCUGUGAUAGGCAGGCAGGCAGCCAUUUUGGCAUCUCUGCGAUUGUUCUCUGCAGGGAUGAGCAUAUCAUAUGCACUUGUGUCUUCUGCCAGUUUGCACCACAAUUUGAUGCCAUCUCUUUGUCAACAAUCUGCACCAGUCUUACCACUUGUAUGUGGAUGAAAGGAUCCAACUUCAUGUUACCUUUCAGUGGUAGUUUAUGGCACAGAAUCGAUGCAGCAAAAGCAGACAUAUAGACAAUUCUUAGAUUGUUCAGUAACCAUACAGGUUAGAGGCAUUGCACAAUUUUCAACUGCUGAUGGCUUGUGAUGCUGUUCUGUAUCUCAAGUAUUCUCAUCUUUCGGUGAUCGGAAUCAGUUCUUUGGACUUGUGACAACCAAAAAACCAAUACUGGGGGUCACAGAUUCACAGAAUCGAUUCUUGAUCAUGGAAGCAUGGAGAACAAUAGACAUGCAUAAACAUCACAGACAUUGGAGUAUACUAUGAACAUCUAACAAGCUUACUGAUGCUAAUGAGUUUGUAUCUGGCAAAUUCCACAGUAGGGAUGUAGUAACAGUGGCGAACUAGUCAUCCGGCAUAGUGGACAUGUCAUGCUUAUCCUCUCAGCUCGUUAGAUGUUCGCCACUGUUUGUGAUGUUUUGGGUUAUCAUCAUUUCAGAUAAGACUACAAGACGAACAACUCAAGUGAGUCCAUGGAAGCCAGUUGCAGUCAAGUGUCAUGCGGGUUGGUGUUGUCGAGUGGAUCUAUAUUUAAAUAUAUGUAUGCGAUGAGCAAAAGAAUAGGAUUGCAUCAAACCAAGUAGCAAUGCGCCAUGUCUGGUUUUAUGCAUCUCAAUUAUCAAUCCAAUAUGAACUGAAUCAGAUUCCAUGCGAUCCAUCAACAUGUAGAACAGCAAUUUGUGGAUCCAUCGACAUGCUAGCCAUUGAAGCAAAUAAGUGGUUAAGUAUAAUGCUUUGCUUCGACGCUAUCAUGAUUAUAAAUUAAUGAUAUCAUGGUGCUGUCAGAGAUCUAUAAUUUCACCACGUAAGACUGUUCCACCGCAACACAGAUCCCAUUUAAAGAGAAUAGAUAUAGCACUUUAACCACAUCAUUAGCAUUAAGAUUUGCAUGAGUGGGUUAGUAGUCAGCACUCAGCAAUGGAAAUCUCUGGAGCGACACCCGAGCCUGCUGCGUUAUAUAUUCCACCGCACCAGACCAUCAUGCACACAGAUAGAGAGAGAAGAACAAGACAGCCGAGUAGUUGGAAUAUGUUCUUCGUUUCCGUGCACCCUCCUAAUUCCAUGUUUGUCUUUCUUUUAUGUCGUUUCGUUUGAAGGAGAAUUUAUGAACCAUGGAUUGAUGGAUUCAGAGGCUGCUGCUUCUUCUUCUUCUUCUUCUUCUUCUACUUCUUCUUCUUCUUCUUCUUCUUCUUCUUCUUCUUCUUCUUCUUCUUCUUCUUCUACUUCUGUCUCUAUUUCUUGUGUUGUAUGAAUCCAAAGGUUUCUUUGUUUCAUGCUCAAACAUUCCUGUCGAGUAUCUAAACACACAACAAGAUUUCUUCAGUUGAAACAGUAAAAAGAAGAAGAAAAAUCCCGACUUUGGCUUCGACAUGGUUUGAAUUCUCAGACUGCAAGUCCUCUUCUCAGUUGAUUCCUCUGCAGCGCAAAGCCAGCCAAACACAAGAAAAAGGAAGGAAAACUGCAUCAAGAUCUCACCUUUGGGGAGGAGAAACCGGCUGUGGCUCUUCUUCUUCCUCCAAAGAAUGCAGGAUUCGACGGCGUCGGCGGCAGUUCAAGCGGCAGGGCCUCGGUUUCACGAGCAAGAGCAGAAUCUGAGGUGCCCCCGGUGCGAAUCCACCAACACCAAGUUCUGCUACUACAACAACUACAACCUCUCGCAGCCGCGUCACUUCUGCAAGAACUGCCGCCGCUACUGGACCAAAGGCGGCGCCCUCCGCAACAUCCCCGUCGGCGGCAGCACACGGAAGAACUCCAAGCGCUUCAACGCCUCCUCUUCGUCCUCUGCUGGGUGCAGUAUCAAGCGAUCCAAUCCUCCUACGCCCCUGCCUCGCCUCCCUGGCCUCCCCAAACCCGAGCCCUUCUCUGUUCUCUACCCGCCUCUCGACCCCGACCGCCACUUGCUCGACAUGACGGGAAGCUUCAGCUCGCUGCUGUCAUCCGACGGGCACUUGGAAACCUUCCUGGGCAGCAUCCAUCCGGCGGGCGGCGGUUGCGCUACGUCGUUGCCGAGCUCGAGCAGCGUGAACCGUCGCAGCGUUCGCGUUCAGGGGACGGAAUCGCCGAGCCCGGCCGGCGACAUGUCGACUCCAGCUGUGGAGAACGUCGAAAGACUGGAGACCGAUUCCGAGUGCUGGUCUGCGGGGUGGACGGAUCUUGCCAUCUACAAUCCAGGUUCGAGCAUGCAGUGAAAGAAGAUAACUUGCAACAUAAAACUACAAAGAUCACUCUUUUUCUUGUUCGUAUAGUCUUCUUUUAAUGCAAUUUAAUAGAUAUGUUCAUACGGAUAGAUACAUAAUGAUGAAGAGAUGGAUUUCCAGGUUCCAUUUCCCUGUCUAAUCUGUUCGAUCUUAGUGAGAUUGGUUUUGAGAGUCGAA